AUGGGUAACACGGACAAGCUGAUGAACCAAAUAUUCGAUUUGAAGUUUACGUCCAAGUCUCUGCAGAGGCAGGCGAGGAAGUGCGAGAAAGAGGAGAAGUCGGAGAAGCUCAAGGUGAAGAAAGCCAUUGAGAAAGGGAACAUGGAUGGUGCUCGGAUCUAUGCCGAGAACGCCAUACGCAAGCGCAGCGAGCAGAUGAACUACCUCCGUCUCUCCUCUCGCCUGGACGCUGUUGUUGCUCGGCUCGAUACACAAGCCAAGAUGGCCACCAUCACCAAGUCGAUGACUAACAUCGUGAAAUCCCUCGAAUCUUCCCUUGCCACGGGUAUCUUACGUUCCUACUUUCCAGCAAUCUCCAAUUAA